UGAGUGGAAGCCAGUGGAGGGAUUGGCAGGGAGGGGUAGUAGACACUGAACAGUUGGUAAGGUGGAUGAGUCUGGCAGCAGUAGAAAUAAACUGUAUGGAAGUCAGUGGAGGGAUUGGCAGGGAGGGGUGGAGGACACUGAGUGGAGGCCAGUGGAGGGAUUGGCAGAGAGGGGUGGAGGACACUGAGUGGAGGCCAGUGGAGGGAUUGGCAGAGAGGGGUGGAGGACACUGAGUGGAAGCCAGUGGAGGGAUUGGCAGAGAGGGGUGGAGGACACUGAGUGGAAGUCAGUGGAGGGAUUGGCAGAGAGGGGCAGCAGACACUGAACGGUUGGUAAGGUGAAUGAGCCUGGCAACAGUA